GUGGAGAGUUCUUCAGCUGCUGAAUCCAGGGUGAUGAAAUAGACGCGUGACCGAGUGAUACGUGAGUGAAGGGAUCGUGAUCCCCCUCCUUAUAAUCUACUCCUCACGUGGGUUCAGUGCCCGGACUUUGGACUGCAACGCAAGCAACUAGGAAGUUAUGCUGAACUCAGUCAGCUAAAUUCCUGGAUAAUAUCACAACAUUAUUUAGCUCACCUAAUCCUAUGGGAUGUUGCCACUGCCGAACGUGAACGCUAUACUCUGUGUCUGUCUCGCCAGCCUCUUUCUCGUGGUGCUGGACGCCAGUCCGGUGAGGACCCUUACCAAACAAGAUGUGGAGGCAAGAAUAUUGGAUGCAAUCGCAAAAGAUUUCCAAAGAAAGCUAGCAAACUACGACACAGACUAUACACUUGAUACACAAUUGAAAACUAAGCCAUUCCAACAUAUAUGGAAAGGCAGUGAUAUUGAAGAAAUGGCUAAGCACAGAGUUAAAAGAAUUGGUAUCGCUGGGCACGAGAACAUGGACAGAAUGAUGAAUACUUUGGGGAAUAGGCCCACUAUGUCGAUAUCUGGAAACAUGGGAAACUUACAAAGCAUGAUGAACCGGAUGAUGGAAAGGAUGCGUCAGAACGGCUAACUCGUCACCUGGUGACGCCACCGUCGAACUGGAACAAGUUUCAAGUCGUUUAAACAUCCGUUUUGUUCGGUAAUCUCUGGAUAUCGAUAAUUAUGUAGCCCCUCCCGAAAGUGGCUCGUCAACACAAAGAAACUAUCACGAAUAUUACCCUCCGACAACUUGACAUUUAGAUAAUUUCUCAAUCUCUUUUCAACUUCCCGCCUAUGAAACAUUUUAACUAACUAGUGAUAUGUUUCCCUUUUUCAACCUGAUAUUCAACACUUUAAUAUUCAUAUUUUGCGAUGGAAAAUAUCAAUAUUUUCAAAUUUUGAUCUAGAUUUGGUACAUAUUGGUCGUUGUUUUGUUGUUCUCUACAAUUCUCUAUCUCUGUCGUUCUAGGUGAUAAGUUGUUUUGUGAACCUCUUUGUAUCAUAUCUGCAGUCAACUUUACGCUGACAAUCUUGGUCUUUUUCAUUUAUAUCGCAAAAUAUAUAUACAGCCAAUUAUUUCAGGGAGCAUUAAAUUAAACAUUAAAUAAUAUUCUAAAGAAACAAUUCUACAGCAUAAUAUGUUUUACAUACAUUCGUAAUAUAUACAUAAUAGAUGAAAUUGUUUUAUUGUUCUGCAAGGAUCGUUUUUAUUUAUCUUGUUGAUAAGUUGUCUCCCUUUUCAUGUCAGUAUACAGGUUUGACGUCAGAUAAUCCCAAUCUGUUCACUCAUUGUGAAACUUUUAAUCAUUCCUUGGUAUUUGUCACGGUGGAAAUAAAGUACGAAACGAA